GUAUGCCCCGUUGGAGCGACAAUUUUUUUCUUUGCCUCGUUUUUGUCUCCUGGGUCCUGUUCCCUCCUGGCUCUCUAACUACCUAGUGGAGGGUUGUUUGUGGAUUUCCGAUAGUUAUCUGUUCUUUCCACCGUGCUUCGUUUAACUCCCACAAGCUGUCUUGCUAUGUGAUCUGAUUUUUAUUCCUGAAUUCCAAGAUUCCUUAUCCUUGCAACUUUCCCGAAAAUAUUCUCACAUAAAAAGAAUUGAUUUCACUUUAAAAGGUGAAACUAGUAAUCAUUACUGGCUAAUGGCCUUUCCCUCUUGCCACUUUUCCUCCCAUUUCACAACUUGCUGCUGGAUUCUUGAAUUCUCUGCGCUUGAUUAAAAACUCUGCUUAUAGUUGCUGGUUUUUAUUAUUGAAUAUAGGCAACAAUGCCACCCUCAUACUUCCCUCUUAGGUGGGAAAGCACUGGAGAUCAGUGGUGGUAUGCGUCACCCAUUGAUUUCGCAGCUGCUAAUGGCUACUAUGACUUGGUGAGAGAGCUUAUUUACCUUGACACCAAUCUCCUCAUCAAACUCACUUCCCUUCGUCGGAUUCGUCGGCUUGAAACUGUUUGGGACGACGAGGAGCAGUUCGAUGGUGUUGCUCAAUGUCGUUCUCAUGUAGCCAGACAGCUCCUGCUAGAAUGUGAAACAAAAGGAGGUCACAACACUCUCAUUAGAGCUGGACAUGGUGGUUGGCUUUUGUACACUGCUGCUUCAGCUGGUGAUGGGACCUUUGUCAAGGAAUUGUUGGAGAGAAACCCUCUUCUUGUUUUUGGAGAAGGAGAAUAUGGUGUCACUGACAUAUUUUAUGCCGCGGCCAGGAGCAGGAAUUCUGAGGUUUUCAGGCUCUUGCUUGAUUUCUCUAUUUCACCACGAUGUGGCCUUGGCUCUGGAGGAGAGUUAGAGGAGCAGCAGAGUGAGAGUCAUUCCGAAUUUAAGUGGGAGAUUAUGAAUAGAGCUGUCCAUGCUGCAGCUAGAGGUGGGAAUUUGGAGAUUUUGAAGGAGCUUCUAGGGGAUUGCUCGGAUGUUUUUGUUUAUAGAGAUGCUCAAGGGUCGACCGUCUUACAUGCUGCCGCAGGGAGGGGGCAGGUCGAGGUAGUUAAGGAUCUAAUUACAUCCUUUGAUAUCAUUGCCUCCAAAGAUUAUCAAGGGAAUACGGCACUGCACGUGGCUGCUUACAGGGGUUACUUAGCUGUGGCAGAGAUUUUGAUACUUGCAUCUCCCUCACUCGCCUCCUUUACAAACAACUAUGGAGAUACUUUUCUCCAUAUGGCAGUGUCAGGCUUCCAGACCCCUGGUUUUCGAAGAGUGGAUAGGCAGAUUGAGCUCUUCACUCAGUUAAUGAGUGGUAAGAUUGUGAAUAUCAAAGAUAUCACCAAUGUCAAGAACAACGAUGGAAGAACAGCCCUUCAUACCAUCAAUCAACUUAAUAUUAGUGACAUGGACGCCAUGACUCCACUAGAUCUCCUCAAGCAACGGCCAAGAUCAGCAUCUUCUGAAAUUCUAAUCAAGCAGCUGAUUUCAGCUGGAGGGAUCUCUUAUCCUCAGGAUAACAUAGCCAGAAAAGCUAUUGUUUCCCAUCUGAAAGGGCAUGGUAUAGGAAAGAGUCCUGGCACUUCUUUUAGAAUUCCAGAUGCAGAGGUGUUCUUGUACACUGGUAUUGAGAACGCAUCUGAUGCCAGUUGCGAUCACAGAAGUGUUGGUGACAAUUCAUGCUUGAGUGGCCCAAGUGAUAUUGACACGGGUAACUCGUCGGAAAACAAAAAAUCAGGUUCUGUAAAUAAUGCUGCAAGGCGUCUGAGGUCUCUCCUUCAGUUGCCCAGGAGGAAAGAGAAAAAAGCUGCUGUGAUGGAGUUAGAAGAUGAUGACUCUGUAAACUCAUUUAAUUUAUGCCAAACCUUGGAAGACCGUCCAAUUCCUCUCCGGCAGAGAUACUCAAAACUGUUUUCCCUCUCAACCAACAAAAGAACAAUUUCUGGAAGGAGCGGUCUUCCAAGUCCAUCACCUGGAAAGAAAUUUACCACGGGGCUAAUGCAUGGAGCUAUUCAAGCAAAUACACAUUUAGCUGUUUCAGAUAGAUCGCCUUCAAGUUCAUUUUCAGGGUCAUCCCUGUCCUCGCCCGUUUCAAUGGAUAAAGAAAAGGAUAUUGAUAUUGCAGGAACCUCUUUCUCAAAUCAGCCAUCGAAGCAUAAACAAGCAUCCUUCAACAAGAAGUCGAUGAACCAGUAUUUUUGCUUUAUUGCUCAAGGGCUAGCAGUGGAAGAUUCAGGGACGAAUCAGAGCUACAAGCAUGCCACUCCUUUAGUAGCCUGAAUUGAUUGUAAAAAGACUUGUGAGUUUCGGCAGGAUCGUCAUAGUAGAAUCUUUUGUUUUGGAAUCCAAAGUGUUCUUUCCACA